CCAUGCGUCGCAGCGUCGCUCCGUCGAUUCGUCGUUUCGUGAUGAGGUUAUAAAUUUGCCGCCGAGACUCUUUGUAAGGCAUUUAUCAUUGUAAAUAAUUGCAAAGUAGCACACACGAUACUAAAUAUCCUAGUGAUCGCAGUGAUCUAUCGAAUUAGUCAUGCUGUUCUAUUCCUUCUUCAAAUCCUUGAUCGGAAAGGACGUGGUGGUCGAGCUAAAAAAUGACCUCAGUAUCUGCGGCACAUUGUAUUCCGUCGAUCAGUAUCUGAACAUAAAACUGGCCGACAUUAGCGUAACGGAUUCAGAGAAGUAUCCUCACAUGUUAUCGGUAAAGAAUUGCUUCAUACGUGGAUCUGUGGUACGAUAUGUACAACUUCCAGUGGAUGAAGUAGAUAUCCAUCUCUUAACUGAAGCAGCGCGGAGAGAAGCGAUGACCGCUCAAGCGAGAUAGCUCAUAGUUUUAUUAAAUGCAUUGCUUUUGUCAAGAAUCCAUUUCUUCUCUUUAGUUAUAACAUACAUUUUGUAUUUAGUAUAGAAAAUAAUAUAGGGAAUCGUUUCACAUUAUUCACGCAAGAUUUUUUUUUCUGAAAAUGUGGGUAAUAAUGUAACAUACCUCAAUAUAUAUUUUUAUUCAGUUGUUUUAAAAUAAGAGAUAUUUGUAAGAAAAAAGGUGUUCUACAUUUGUUUUGUAGAUUCUGUGUUAUCCUUGCUCCUUUUUUUAUUAAGUACUUAACGUGAUAAAAACAAAUAUAUAGUAUAACAACUAGCUAUUUGUUCAUGUUACGCAUCAUAGGAAUGAUUAGCACAAUCCAGUUUGUCCAUCUAUUAUAUAUUUCCACUCUGAUAAUGUUUUAUCAUGCCAGAUAUAUUUUCCUUUUAUCUCUGUAUUUUCCGGCAA